AUGCGGGAACACCAUUCUAUCCGCCUGAAGGCAUUCUUCACCUUUAAUGCUAUUGCAUUUGUCAUGUCCCUGCUCAUCAUUAUGCUGCUCUUAGACAAGCAGCUCGUCAUCCCACUACUCAAGGGCAAGAAUCAGAACAAAACCAGCCCAGUACGGACCUUUGUGCUCAAAGCAUACAUCUUUAUCGCUUUUGUCGGUCUUGCGGGGGCCUAUGCCACCGGAAGCAGCCGAGAAUGUGACACUACCAUCUAUGUGGGCAGUCUGGUUCUUGCCGUUCUUGCAUGCAUUAUUGUCCUCAAGGCGAUUAUAUCCUGUCAGACAUAUUCAAAUGACAGGUCAAACAAUGUUGAAGAACAGACGAGCACAGGCAAUUGUAGAGCACAGAUAAACACAAGCAAUGGUGGUGCAGAGUCUCUCUCAAGCAAUGGUGGUGCAGAGUCUGUCUCAAGCAAUGGUGGUGCAGAGUCUGUCUCAAGCAAUGCUAGAGCACAGCCAACCACAACCAAUGGUGGUGAAGAGACGAAGACAAGCAAUGCUGGAGCACAGAAGAACACAAGAAAUGCAGAUUUUAUGGAUAAGGCUCAAUCUCUUGUUGUACUGCUUUCAACCCUUGUAGCAACCGUCGCAUACCAAGCAGGACUGGUCCCUCCUGGUGGUGUUUGGCAGGACAACUGGAACGGACAUGAGGCUGGCGAUUCAAUACUCCUAUCCAUGCAACCAGAACGUUACAGGGUAUUCUUUUACUGCAACUCAAUAGCCUUCGCAGCGUCCUUGGUCAUCAUCAUCUUGGUCCAGUAUAAGCCUAUACUCAAGCUCCGCGUACUCCAGUUUGCCAUGAUAUUGGAUCUGUUUGGCCUCAUUGGUGCAUACUCUUCUGGGAGCUGCCGAGAUGUAACCACAUCCAUUUAUGUCAUUGCCUUGGCUGGAGCUGUCCUAAUCUAUGUGGUUAUUCAUGUUCUGUUUGUCACGCUCGAAGAUGAAGACAUACGAAAGGAAGGCAGGGAGAAGGACCGGAAACUUGAGGACAAGAGACGCAAGAGGUUGCUCCUUUUUGCUGUCUUGUGUGUGACACUUACUUACCAAGCUGGGUUGACCCCACCAGGCGGAUUUUGGCUGAUGGAUGAUGAGUUUGGGCACCAUGCAGGUGACCCUGUCCUCUUUUACAACUAUCCACGCCGUUAUAAGGCUUUCUUCUACUGCAAUUCAAUGAGCUUCAUGUCAUCGAUUGCCCUAAUUAUACUCCUUGUGAAUCCGAACCUGUACAGGCCAGCCAUACGAAGUUAUGCUCUCUCAGUUUGCACUGCGGUAGGCAUGUUUGCGCUUUUGUGUGCCUAUGCUGCUGGAAGCACUCAGCACCUGAAAACAUCCAUCUAUAUCUUUGGUUUGGUGCUGUUGGUAUUCUUCAUUAUGAUCGUACUCCUAAUAUAUUCCUAUUGGAGACAGAAAAGAAUCAUGUCACAUAACAAAGAAGAUACAGAAAAAGGAAAGUCCCCUGGCACACAAAAUGAGGAUAUCACAAAACAAGACAGUAAAACAGUGAAGCCUACUGGGACAAAAUCUGAUGUAGAAAUGGAAGAAGAUGACAUAACAGCGAAGUCCACUAAGUUAAAAGAAAAUGACAGCACAGGAAAGUCCUCUGAAAUAGAAGAUGAGGGUGAAGCCAAACAAAAUAGAUUAGAACAUUCUAUUGAGAGAGCAAAACAAGAAACAGCCACAGAGUCUCCCAAGAAAGAGGACAAAUCAAAAAAGAAACAUGCCACACGCAAAUACUUGAUGCUGCUAGGAGUCUUGGCUGCAAGUGUUACUUACCAGGCCGGUCUCAACCCACCCGGCGGUGUGUGGCAGGGAAAUAGUAAUGAUCAUGCAGCAGGUAACCCAGUUAUGCAUGACAAAAAAAGAUACCGUUAUCUCAUCUUCUUUUACAGCAACUCUACUUCAUUUGUGGCAUCCAUUGUUGUUAUCAUCCUGUUGCUACCAGAGAAACUGCUGGGGGAGGCAUGGUCACUUAAUGUGAUGAACAUAACGAUUGUGUUGGACUUACUUGGCCUCCUACUAGCCUACAUGGCUGGCUCAAGAAUGAGGUUGCAGUCUUCUGGAUAUUUCGUCGUGUUUGUUAUAGGUGCACUAGGCUUUGCUGCAAUUCACAAGAUUUGGUCAUAUUUGCAAAGGAAAAGAAAUGAUCAGCACAGACUGUUAGACCAACCCAGAUAG